UACACGACCUUCAACAUAGAAUGAAGCAAGACAAGAAUAUUGUUGACGAAUUCACACAAAUUCAACCCACCCACCCACGUUUCUGCCUUGGGGUUUGUCCAAAAGUAACGUCAAAAUGCCUCAUAAUGACACCUCUAGAGAAAAGAAAAAUCCACUUAUGAGACUAUCGGCCAUCUGGAAGGUCAUCAUUGUGUUACUCUCCUGGGAUGCGAAGACGAAAGCGAAGAGGAAGGCAAUUCAUGCCCCCCCUCAACGACCCUCCAUAGACGUGCCUGCUCAGCUACGAAGUUACUUACCGUGGCUAGCAGGCAUGUGGCAAGUCUAAGACCUGGGGGAGUUGGGCUUUGAAGGUGCUAGCGGCUGAUGGGCCCUCACACCCUGUCUGCCUGUCAGGCGCCCUUGCGCCAACGGGUCACGGCAGCAAUGGGUGCAGUACUGUGUACUGUGCAUCUUAUCGAUAAAGCUGACAUUUUUACCCCACUACCAGACAUCUCCUUCCACACCCCAGCACCGUCACACUGGUACCACACAGCCAGUAACCCUGAGAAUACAAACAAAAGGUUGACUUGCUCUUUUUCUCCUGCUGAACCCCCUCCCCCCCCACUACACCCCUCCUUCGCAGAAUAAUGCCAUGUAAAAAGCGCAAUGCAGACACAGUCUCAACUCUCUAUCCCACUUUCGAC